GUCUAGUUCUAAAACACAAAGCCAAGAAAACAAAAGAUCCCAAAAUGGAGAAUUUGAAGAGCAACCCCGAUCAAGAUGAACCAAAAGAUACCUACAAGAUAGCUUAUAUAAUCCAUUUCUUACUUGGUGCAGGCAAUCUACUUCCAUGGAAUGCUUUAAUCACAGCCAUUGAUUACUUCGGUCAUCUUUACCCAGAAAAACACGUGGAAAAAGUGUUUUCUGUGGCUUAUAUGAGUUCCUCACUUUUAGUUUUAAUUAUUAUGAUUAGGAGCAGUAAAUUCAGCAGAUUAAUCACCUUUCAAGUGAGAAUGAACAUGGGAUUUAUAAUGUUUGUUGUGUCCCUCAUGAUAACUCCAACCAUAGACUGGGCUUGGAAGGCUCAACCGAAUGAGAAGUCAAAUGCAACAUUUUACACAGUGGUUGCAUCAGUUGUGAUUUGUGGGUUAGCCGAUGGGUUGAUUGGAGGGAGCCUUGUGGGGUCCGCUGGAAAUUUGCCAAAACGAUAUAUGCAGGCUGUUUUUGCUGGAACGGCUUCAUCAGGAAUUUUAGUCUCCUUUUUGCGAAUUAUAACAAAGGCAUCACUCCCAAAUGAUCCACAAGGGCUCAAGAAAAGUGCACAUUUAUAUUUCCUAGUCAGCACCCUCAUUCUACUAGUGUGCAUGGUUUUCUGUCAUCUACUAUACAAGUUACCAGUCAUGGAACACCAUUAUAAAUCACUCCUACAAACAACUUCCAAUUCCACCAUUAAAUUCUGGGAAGUAGCAAGAACGAUUCAAUGGCCCGCAAUAGGAAUAUUCAUCAUAUACACCGUAACUCUAUCAAUUUUUCCAGGAUUUUUAGCAGAAAACAUUGAGUCAACCCUCCUCAAAGACUGGUACCCGAUAAUCUUGAUCACCAUUUACAAUAUUUCAGAUUUUUUAGGGAAAUCAUGCACGGCAAUUUUUGUUAUCAAGAGCAUUGCUAAAGCUACAUGGUGGUGUAUGGCGAGGUUGUUGUUGUAUCCACUUUUUACAGCGUGUUUACAUGGACCUAAAUGGGCUAAAAGUGAAGUGUUUGUGGUGUUAUUGACUGUUGUUUUGGGGUUUACCAAUGGGUAUCUGACAAGUGUCAUUAUGAUUAAGGCACCUAAAUCAGUGCCACCUUCGGAAUCGGAAAUGGCGGCGAUUGUGAUGGCUUUGUUCUUGGGAUUAGGGUUGGUUUCUGGUUCUGUGCUUGGGUGGUUUUGGAUCAUUUAAAGCGGGGAAGUGUGAAUUUGUGAUUAAUGUUGUAUUGACAACUCAUUAGACAUGUGAAAUUAAUG